CAUGGCGCUGGAGUCCCUGAAGGCCGCGACGCUGCGCUCCGGGCGGCGGGCUCUGCUGGCCCUCCUGGCCGGCGCCUACCGAGGCUGGCCGGCCUGCCUGACGCCGCCCUUCCGUUACAGGCUCCUGCUGGGGACGCUGUACCCGGCCUACGCCUCGUACAAGGCCGUGAGGAACAAGGACGUCCGGGAGUACGUGCGGUGGAUGAUGUACUGGAUCGUCUUCGCCCUCUUCAUGGCCACCGAGACCAUCACGGACACCUUCAUUUCCUGGUUUCCCUUCUACUAUGAGCUCAAAAUGGCCUUUGUGGUAUGGCUCCUGUCUCCUUACACAAAGGGCGCCAGCCUGUUGUACCGCAAGUUUGUGCAUCCCACACUGUCCAGCAAAGAAAAGGAGAUUGACCACUUCAUCUGCCAAGCCAAAGAGCGCGGCUACGAGAGCCUUGUGAGCUUUGGGAAGAGGAGCAUCAACGUGGCGGCCACCGCAGCUCUCCAGGUGGCUGCAAAAGGCCAGGGUGCCCUGGCGGGUCGUUUACGCAGCUUCAGUAUGCAGGAUUUGCGCUCCAUGCCGGAGACGGCCGUGGUGCAUUAUUCAGAUCCCCUCUACCUGGAGGAACAGCAGCUGUGCCGGCGACCGAUCGGGCCCAGGCCAGCCGUGCAGCAGCAGCCGGAGAGCGAGGAGGGGGAGGAAGACUACUGGUCGGACUCUGAGCUGUCUGCCCCCUCCAGGGGCUGCCGCAAGGACCCUGCUCUUCCCAGGCCCUUGGCCAGGAGCCAAAGCCUCCGGCAGGGGAAGAAGCUGCAUCUGCCGGGUAAGGAGAGCUCUUCCCGGGGGCUCCGCAGUCGGUCCCGGAAGCAGGUGCCCCCCCUGGACCAAGACCGCUAGGCUCCAGGAGGGGGGCAGGGGUCCCGCCAGCUGCUCUUCUUUCCCCGCUGCUGCCGGAGCAGCCCAG